GAUAAGUAUUUGAAAUAUUUCACUUAUUACUUUAUCAGUAUUCAGUUAUCUCACUAAUCAUUUUCAAACUGGCAAAUUGCGAAGUGCAAACUGCAAAGCAAACGCAAAGUCGUCAAGUCGUAACUGAAAUCAUAGACCUAACAUGUUAGAAGUAAGUUGAAAGUAACAUUACAGAUACUAUUUAAUGUCAAAUCGGCAUAAUAUGUAGUUUGAAGUGUGAACAUAGUUCAUAUAAAUAUUUAAAUUUUAUUGUUUUACAGAAUAUUAGAAUGGCGUCAUCAAAUGAUGAAGAUUCAACGACACGUAGUACGAAAGGAUGGCCUAAAAAGAAACCAUAUUUACAAAAUUACAGGGUAGAUUGGCAAAAAAAUCCAAAUUAUUCUAAAUGGUUACGUUCUAGUAAAAAAGGAGCUACAUAUUUUCACUGUAUGUUUUGUAACGAUUCUUAUCUUGGUGGAUUAUCUGCAGUUGCCAAACAUUCUAAAACAGGCAAACAUGUGUGUAAUGCCAAAUCUGUAGCAAAUACCAUACCUAUUAAUCAAAUGCAACAAGUAAGUAAUAAUAUUACUACCGAUAAAAAAGUAAAAGAGGCUGAAAUUAAAGUAGCAAUGUUUAUAACGGAACACAAUAUAGCCUUUCGAACUUCCGAUCACUUAAUAAGUUUAAUAAAAUCACUAAAUCCAGAGUCAAAUGUCAUAAAUAAAAUGUCAUGUAACCGAACAAAAGCCACAGCUAUUGUCACCAAUGUUAUUGGAUGUACUGGUUUUGAUAGUUUAAUUUUAAAAAUAGCUAACCAGCAAUUUUCAAUUUUGAUUGACGAAUCGACUGAUAAGUCAUCAACAAAACAUCUGGCCAUAGUUGUAAGAUUAAUGGAUUAUGAUGAAUAUAAAGUAAGGGAUGAGUUUUUAAGUUUAGUCGAAGUUAAAAACUGCACUGCACAAGGAAUUUAUGAAUUAAUAGUUAACUUUUUUCUUAAGUAUUCUGUGCCAUACAAGAAAAAUUUGAUAGCAUUCGCAUCUGAUGGUGCAAAUACAAUGUUUGGCCAACAUCAUUCGGUAAAAACUCUUCUAGAGAAUGAUAUUUCCAACUUGUUUGUGAUGAAAUGUAUCUGUCAUUCUUUAGCCUUGUGUGCAUCUUAUGCCUGCCAAAAAAUUCCAGAUGAAAUUGAAGACACUAUUAGAAAUAUAUAUACAUACAUGAAGUAUAGUUUCAAGCGCCAACUGGAAUUUAAAGAGUUUCAAACUUUUCUUGAAAUUAAACCUCAUAAAUUACUGCAACCGUCACAAACUCGAUGGCUGGCUUUACAUGAUUGCAAUACAAGAAUAUUGGAACAGUUAAAAGCUCUUAAAUUAUAUUUUCAAGCUGAACACCUGAUUGACAAUAAAGCUAGUGAUUUAUAUUUACGUGUAUCAAAUCCAACUUUUGAACUCUAUUUAAAUUUUUUGGAUUUUGUUUUACCAAUUUUAACUUCACUUAACAAGUUGUUCCAGCAUGAAAAGCCGCAAAUUUAUCAUUUAUACUCAAAAAUGGUAUCAGCAUAUAAAACCAUACUAGACUGUUACAUGCAAUCAAAUUAUCUCGAAAAAACUGACUUGGAAAAAGUUCAAUAUAGAAAUCCACAAUACUUUUUGAAAAAUGAUGAAAUUUAUGUUGGUGGUAAGUGUAUGGCUCUUUUAUCUGAAACAGAUUGCAAAUUAUCAAGUGCUGAGAAAAAAAUCUUUUUUACAAAUUGUUUAAAUUUUUAUGUUGAAUGUUCAAAACAAAUUUUCCAACGAUUUCCUUUUCAUUCCCCUCAAAUUAUGUGCUUAAAAUAUUUAUCAUUUCUAAAUCCUAAAGAAAUAAAAAAUACCAUGUCCAUUGCCCCGGCAGCUAAUUAUUUCGAAAACAUUUUAGAAUUGAAUCUAAAUGAUAUUGAUCGAGAGUGGCGUCAAUUAAAAAAUUUUGAUUUUGAUUUUGAACAAGUUGACAUUACUAAGUUUUGGAAAAGUGUUCGAGAUACCACUAACUGUGAUGGAUUAGAAUUUUUUCCUCUUAUCAACAAAUUUGUUGCAUAUAUUUUAAUUUUACCCCAUAGUAGUGCUUGUGUGGAAAGACUAUUCAGUGUAAUUAAUCUAAAUAAAACUAAGAUAAGAAACCGUUUAUCAACUAGCACAUUGUCAGGUAUAUUACACUCCAAAAAUAUUUUAAAUCAUCAACAAAAAUCCUGUUAUGAUUUUAGUGUCACAAAUAAUAUGUUAAAAAAACACAAAAGUGAUAUGUAUAAAUAAGAUGAAAACAUUGAUCUCGGACUUAAAUACUAACCUAAUUUAUAUUUUGUAAAAUUUGUUGUG